CUAUGGUGGCCUCGCCUAUUAUUGCGCCCCCCAGCACACGGAACCCGGCCGUCUGCAGGACCGAUCAUUUCUGUAACAGGUCAGUUUGCUAGCUGAGCCUUGCACUCCAGCCGGCGCCAUUACUGAGUCUUGCGCUGGCAUCGCGGAUAUUGAGACAAAGACGAAAACAUCACGCCAGGUAUAGUCGCUGCCACGGAUGAGUUUGCUGAGCCCUAAAUUGACUUCUUCUGAUGUCUCAUCAACUAUCGAGGGCAUGGCGUCAAACAUGGACAACGCUACAUUCGUCAUUGUAACUGGCUUGCGCGGAACAGAUGAUCCCGGGAAGGCCUCAACGGCCGUCCCUGAGCCGUUGUUCUGGGUUUCAGGUGGUUUGCUCAUGACACAAAGUCCGAAGUGUCAUUGCAUCGAGUUCAGGCCAGACUUUAGCACGAAAUCCAUUGAGAACUUAUCACCAGAGCUUUUAGAUUCCAUGGCCAGAAAUUUGCUUGACUUCGUUUCAAGAACAGAGAGAGCUGUAGAUGGGACCAAUCGACUCGUCUUCGUGUGCGAAGACUUGGGUGGAAUUAUAGUCAAAAAGGCGCUUACCCUUGCGGAGACUACAAGUCGUUACGCUGGCUUAGUGAGGGAUACGUGCGCUUGUGUCUUUUACGGCGUUCCUCACCAAGCUUCUCCGCUCCAAUCAUGGACUGAGGCAGUAGCGGAGAUUAUAUCAUUCUGGAAACCCUUACCACAAGGAAGAUGGAAGCCCACGGCCUCUUUGUCGAAAUUUCUGAGAAGAACAUCUUUUGAAUUUAUUCCAGCUGCCUUUCGGUUGACUGUCGUCAGCAUCUUUGAGCGGGAUAUAGAACGCGAGAACAUGACAGUAGUAGGUGAUCGACCAGUCAAAGAGUAUAAGCUAAAUUGACUCGCCAGUAUUAGUCCAUCGACCCUGAUUGUGCCACUCUCGACCUAUCUCAUGAAUUACAGAUUAGUCGCCCGGUUAGUGUGGCAGAUCU